GCUCAUUGUAAUACAUAGUUCAUACAUGAGAUUAAAUUAACAAAUCCUUUACAUCAAAGAUGUAUUUUUAUAGCAGAAUGCAAAAUAUACGUGUAUCUACAAUAAAUCAAAUGUACAAACAGUUAUUGAUCAGUAGUAUAAGGAAUUAUAAUUAUUCUUCGAAGCAAAGUGCUAUUAUGCAUAAAUUAUUAAAGCGAAGUCAACCAAAGAGGAAUGCAAUUGAUAAUAUUAGUAUUGACAAAACAGUGAAAAGGGGACCUUCUAUACAUACAACUCGAAGAAUGAAUGUUUUGAAUAAAAUUUUCAUGGAACACGUCACAGAUUUCAUGUCAACAGGAGAAAUAGAUCCUGCCCUUGCAAACAAAAGCAUUGAACUUACCGAUUUAAAAAUAACUCAAGAUUUUAAACAAAUUAAUAUAUCUUUCAUAGAUAUUAGCAAUGAUAAAUCCGAUACAGAAGAAGUAUUGAGGAGAUGCGCACUUCAGUUAAGACACGAAUUAACUCAACUUCGCGUUAUAGGCUGUGUACCUCCUAUUCAAUUUUUAAAAUGUAAGCAUUAUAAUAGAGUUAAUGAAGUAGAAGAAAGAUUAGCAAUAGCAGAUUAUGGAGAAGAUUAUAUACCUUCUCUAUAUCCAUGUGUUCCAAAUCAUGUUGUAACGUCUAAAAAAACCAUUAAUAAAGACAAUGAAAUGUCAAUGGAAAGUCAAGAUUUGGAUAGUCCAGAUGACACUUUCCAUAUAAGUUUACCAUUAAUGAGACACGAUGUAUUUGGUUUGGAUCAUUACAGAAUUAUGACAAAGAUUAAAUCAUCAUUGAAACAAUCGCAGCAAUCCAUAUUAGUACGAACAAAGCGCCAAUCAAACGUAACCUCCUCUAGUACGAACAUAAAUAUUCAACCAGAUUUUUCGACUGAGACGAACGAGCGAGAACAAUUUGCAGAAUUUAUCAAAAAAAGACAGAGAGAGAAAAGAAUGAAAGUUAAGAAAUUUUCCAAUCAAAACAUUGACGAUCUUAACGAAGAUAUAUACGAUGAUUUUGAUGAUUUUAAUAUUGUUAAUGAUGACUUGAUUGAUACAGAUAAUUUUGAUGACGUAAAUGAUGAAUAUAAAAACUAAUUUAUUAUAUAUAUGUAUAUAUGUAAAUAGAAUAAUUAAAUUUAUAUAUCUCAUAACCAAGUAA